UUCUGUGGAACAGGGCUUCUGGCGGCACUUUCUUCUUUCCUUUUGGAUUAUAUUGGCAUAAAGACACAGAGAUAUUGAACUGAUAAUGUUGUGAGUUUACACAUACCAGAUUGUGUUCCAUCACCUUUUGAAGCAGUCCCUGCUAUUUGGAAUUCUGUUCUACAUUAGCAGCUUUGGUAAUGUACUGCUAACAUGGCUGAACAACGGCAGCGUGCUUUGUCAACGGCAGGGGAAGCGUUAUAUGAAAUCCUGGCCCUAGAGAAGGGAGCAACACAUGAUGAGAUUAAGAAGUCCUACAGAAAACUGGCUCUGAAAUACCAUCCCGACAAGAAUCCAGACAAUCCAGAGGCUGCAGAAAAAUUUAAAGAGAUCAACAAUGCUCAUGCAACACUGACUGAUCUGUCCAAGCGAAACAUUUAUGACAAGUAUGGAUCAUUAGGGCUCUAUGUGGCAGAGCAGUUUGGUGAGGAAAAUGUUAACACCUACUUCAUGCUGUCAAGCUGGUGGGCAAAGGGCCUGUUUGCAGUCUGUGGCCUGCUGACAGGCUGCUACCUCUGCUGCUGCUUCUGCUGCUGCUUCAACUGCUGCUGUGGAAAGUGUAAACCCAAAGCACCCGAAGGAGAAGAGCAGGAGUUUUGUGUGUCUCCGGAAGAUUUGGAAGAGCAAAUUAAGAACGACAUGGAAAGAGAUGGAGAAACACCUAUCGUGCUUCAGCCGACUAAUGCAACUGAGAAGACACAGCUAAUAGGGGACAGCCAUCGGAGCUAUCGCACAGAUUCCUAGAAUGGGCAAACACGACCUGUUGGUGCUUCCCACCAAGUGUCACAGCAAGAAGAAACAAGUGAUAAGCUCUGCAGCCUGUAUUUGUAGUUGUCUUUAAGCUAACCAAGAGUAACCUGAGAGUAAUUUCAUAUCAAGGCAGAAUCUCCCUCUAGGCCACUUCCAAUAGGUUGAUAUCUGCACUCUGCAAGGAGAUACCUAUGGCCAGUACAGAGCUCUGUGGACCAGCAUACUGUUCUCUCAUGGCCUCAAGCUGCCAGGCUCAGUGAGGUAUUCCCCUUUAAUAUUACUCCCUUUGGUUUUAGUUGCUGUCCUCCCUGCCCUCACCUGUGGUUUCACCUCUCAGACACAGUCCUGAAGCCCUUUCUGCACACACUGGCUCCGUCUCUCCCUGCCCUGGGAUGUGAAAUGCUCUUUAGCAGACCUCAGAGGGAAAGUUAGUGGCAAGGCAGAUGGGAAUGUCCUUCCCAGAGAGGAAAUGCUCUUUGGAAAGCAGCUAGUGGCUUGCUGCGGCACAGCCCCAGCAAUUAUAAACCUGGGAUCAUUCUGCUGGGGGUUACAACACAGGUCACUCCAAAUCCAGGAGCUUCAUCCAGCACCUGGAGCAAAUCUAAGCUUUGUGUCAUCCCCUGCACAAGUUGCAAACCCAGGAGAUGGUGAGCAAACGCCCCAUGAAGGAGGAGACAGGCCCUGAGCUGCCCCAGAGCCUCUCUUCUCUCCCCAUAGCCAGUGACAGCCUGGUGGCAAAACUUCCCUGAUCCUGCCUGGACGUGCUGGCCGGCCCCAGCUUCUCCGGCUGCAGCUGCAAUGCGCUGGAAAUUGGUCCCCAGCCAACAGCUUUUUGUCAGCUUGCUUAUUCCACCGUGCCCCUGGCUGCCUGCCUCGCUGCCCGCUGGCACUGGGCUGGGGGCCAUUGUGCCAGCACUGACUCCAGGGCUGUGGCGGCAGCAAGGACCUGGCAGGGCAGGCAAGAAGCAGAGGAGUGACCGUCCUCCUCACAGCCCAGAUCAUAGGGGAGAGCCUGGGUCCUCCCCUCUGCCCCAGGCACAGGGCCUUUAAGAGCACAUGGCAUCAUGGUAAGUAAAGAUGUGGGAUGAGCUGUAGGUUCAGGUGUGCUGCUGCACAAAUCAGUGGAGGUAUGUGUGGCUACGGCUAAAGCAAGCAUGAAGAAAUUAGGCCCCUAAUUUGUAACAGCUAAAGAAAUACCUCUGAGAUCUUAAACUUAGCACUUCCUUGGUUUGAUGUAGUAGUUUAAGCCUCAGACAGCUGAAUUUUUCCUUAUUGAUCAUGUUGCAAUGAUCAUUGUCUGUUCUGUGCAUUUGCUAUUUUUGCUCCUCUAAUCAUAGUGCUGUGGUCCAAAGGGGGAUGUAAUGUUCCACUAAAUUAUAUAGACCGGUGAAUAUAUAGCUAGUCAAAAGUGUUAUUCCCUUCCUUAAAAUUGGAUCCUGUGGUUGUGAAACAUUAUUAUCUUCCUUCUAGUCUCACCUUUCACAUCAGAUGUCAUUCAGUGGCAGCUAAAUAUAUGGGAAAAUAGUGUGUUUCAUAGCACCAGCUGUAACUCCAAAGUCAAGAAAUACUACUCUCAACAUCUCUUUAAAGUUCCUGUAGCACAUGGACAUUUUAAAACCCAUUAAUUCCAGUUCAGGUUAUAUAUCUGUUCUCCAGGUGCAGGCACUGGGACCAGUGAAUGCUCACAUUGCCCUCAGUAAUAGCCCUAUUUCUCUGCUUCAGAGAAGAGGGGAAGUUCUGGCAUGGCUGGGGCUGUGCACAGGCACUCAAUCCCCUCCUACCCGUGGGCUCCUCUUUGUCCUCAGUUGUGUGUUGCAAAUAACUUUGGAGGCCACUCGUAUGUACAUAAAUCCAGAUGGCCAUCCUGCCUGCCCAGCAGUGCUGGGGGGAUGUGCCCAUCCAUCCUAGUGGUUCCAGGGAAGGAGGGUUGAUGAUACCAUCCUGUCACUGAGGAGACCUGACCCCAGAAAACAGGUUCCCAGUGGUAACUGAGUGCUGCAUGUCUUCCCACCAGGUGGCCGGAUCAGAUGGCGUGUGCAUCAGGGUACUAGUGCUGCGAGACUGGCAGAGCAGGUGUCGGGGGGACACCAGCACCCACUCGCCCCUGUGCACAUGCAUCUUUUGGCUCUCUUCACUAUUCCCCUCUGCAUGGUGUUUGCUCUGGUGUAAGAUCUUAUUGCUGAAUGAAGGAGUAGGGAGAAUUUAGUAUGUAAUGAAUCUGCAGGUAAAAUGAUUUCCUAAGUUUUACUGGGAGAGAAAUUCACCAUGAAAGUGUGCAAAUGUUAUGUAGUGACUAUUUCCAGCAGAGAGCUGGAAAAGGCUUUGGAAGAAGAGUCUAGUGUAAAGCUACACAUUAGACAUGGAAUUCUUUCCCAUGUGAAACCCCUCCUCCUGCUCCCCAUGGAAGUCACUGUGAAUUGCACCUUUGAUUUUAACAACAGCUACAGAGCAGGCCUAAAGCCAGAGAGGGAAAGCUAAAUCCCAGAUUAGCAAAAGCAGUUGGGUAUUUUUUUCACAUCCAACACCUUUGAUGUCUCUCAGGACCCCACUCUAUGGGCCAGAGCCAAAGUUUACUGAAAUCAAGGAAAUGAUCUCCAUGGGCUUGAGAUGUGUACUGCAAGUCAGGUGGUUCUUAUUUGCUCUUUCUAAAUGAGAGAUUUUUCUUGGGAAGGAUUGAUGACUCAAUCUCACAGUGUGAUGCAAAGUUGGACAAAUUCCUGAAUGUUUGCAAAGCCCUUUUACAGACAUGGGGGUCUGUACAGAAGAGCCACAAGGUAUUGUCUUAGCCAAAAACCUCAGAACAAUUUCAUGACCAAGCCUCUGAGUGGGUUCUCCAGGACUUGCAGCUUAAAAAUCUGAGUAUCUGAACCCAUGGUUUAAUUCCAAAGAGGAAACUUAGUUUUCAGAGUACCAGGGCAUUUGUUUUUCUCACUGCUGUCAGGAUCAGCUAGUCUGAGGACACAUGGAGAAAGGAUAAAUAAGGAUUUCAGGAUUUAACUCUUCGAUGUGAUGUUACUCAUUUGUUUUAUUUUCAGAAAAGUUUCUAAUGUGAACAUAACUAUGCUUACAGGAUCUGUUUCUGUGUAAAGUUCAGUUGCACACCCAUUAAUCUUUUCAAAAUGUACAGAUCUCCAAAUUUUUGUUCUGUUUUGCUGCAUUUAUUUAUAUGUAAAGUACUAUACAUUCAAAUCUACAUUUGCUUUCAA